CUUUUUAAUGCGAGUUUAAAUCACACACACAUAGUUGUGCGUUCUGCCUGUUCUUAUCCAGUAGAUGUCGCUGUUGCGUCACUGUUGAUGGCGCGUGACGUCAGUGUGUAGGCGGACCCCUCACAGACACACGCACUGAAUGUCUGAUCUCUCAGCCGCAUCCACACUCACGCCUCAUUCUCAUCCUCAUCAUCAGAUCUGGUGUGAUCUCUGCAGGAUCUCACGCUGACGAUGGAUUGCGGACAGUGUGACUACGGUCAUUAAUAUCUGAUCUGUGAUUGGCUCGUUCUGUUUUUGUGGCUGCUGUCACCAUGGCGAAGAGUCCAGAGGUGAAACUGGCAGUUUUUGGCAGAGCAGGAGUGGGCAAAUCCGCUUUGGUGGUGAGAUUCCUGACCAAGCGUUUCAUCUGGGAGUACGACCCAACACUUGUUAUGUUUAUAGAUCCUCAGAACUCAGUUUGUGUCUUCACAGAGUCCACGUAUCGUCAUCAGGCAAAUAUUGAUGAUGAGAUGAUUAGUAUGGAGAUUUUGGACACAGCUGGACAGGAGGAUGUGUUACAGAAGGAGGGUCACAUGCGUUGGGCAGACGGGUUGAUUCUGGUUUAUGACAUCACAGACCGUGGGAGUUUUGAAGAUGUUGUUCCUCUGAAGGGACUUCUGGAUGAGGUGAAGAAACCCAAACACGUCCCGCUGGUUCUGUUGGGAAACAAAGCUGAUCUGGAGCACGCCCGACAGGUCUCGACAGAGGAGGGCGAGCGGCUGGCGGCCGACAUGGCCUGUGCGUUUUAUGAAUGUUCUGCGUGCGUGGAUCAGCUGAACUGAAGGUCAACAGAGAUAUCACCAUCACACAUCUCAAUCCUUAUGUUGUUGUAUUCGAGAAAUCAUCCAUCAAACACAACAUUUUCCUCACGUGUAAUCACAGUAUUUAGACAUCAAACACCCACCGGCUCUUCUGUCUGUGGAUGAGGAACGUCUCGCUGUGGAUCUGUAUCUCAUAUGAGUUUCAUUCAUUCAUUGAUCAGAUAAUGUGAGACUAUCAGAGACCAAAUCCUGACCACAGCCAUAUUCAUCAUGAAUGAGUUGAUUCUGCCUCAUCAUUAAAACAUGUCUAAAGUAUUUCCAUAUUUCAGAUCUCAAACAAAUCUUUUUUAAUCAGAUUUUCAACUUUGUCUGAUUCUUCAGUAAAUUGACUUUAAUGCUGUGUACAGUACAGAAAUAUGCACAUUUGUGUAAAUGUAAAUGUCACGAGGAAAAAGUAAACGGCUGCUGGUCUGCAUUUUUGAACCCUAAUCGUGAUGUCCUGAAUGAACCCUCACUAUACACCUAUUAAAUACAGACUUCAUUAUAUACAUACCCUGUACAACCUGUGAUGAUAUCUGUAAUUUAAGAGAUUUAAGUCAGAAGAUAUACAAACCAUGAACCAAAAACAUCUGUCUCAUUUCAUAACAACCUUAAACUCAGUGGAAAAUUUCCCAUUCACUUUAUCAUCAAGUUUAUCUUGGAUGAUCGUUUGUUUUCUGCAGAACUCUACAGUACGUAACAAAAAGAUGUAAAAUAUUUUUCACAAUACACUAGAAUAAAUCAUACAUACACACACAGAGACAGAGAGAGAGAGAUACACACACACAGAGCGAGAGAGAGUCUUGGUGUAAAUUCAUGAUGCAGUAUUUCUGCAGAGUUAAUAAAAGAAAAUUUAAACCUCAAACGCACUCUUUAUUGUUGACAUUCUUUGAGUUUGUGUUAUCAUUACAGUGUUAUGUGAAUGGCUGAAUUACAUCUGUAUUACACUUAUGUGUAAUGCCAAAAGUAGUGUUCAAAAAUAAUGUGAAAUACUGACAGAAGAACCAAAAACUUCAGGCUUUGUGUGUGUGUGUGUGCGUAUGUGUGUGUGUAGGGUGUGUCAUGUUCAGAUGGAGGAUAAUUACACGCAUGUGUCUGAGAAUAGAAGCCAGAGAAAACCACUAAUUCAACAUCAGAGUUUAUAAGCAGCAGGUCAACACUGAGUUUCUGUUUUGAUGACAUCAUUUAAAUUUACCACACAUUUACUGUGUUUUACUGUCCAUUAAUAUAACAGUAUGCACACAUACAGAUCUGCAGCAUCAGCACCACAUCUUUAUAGACACACUGAGAUGCACACACAGAUGUUGGCAUAUGUGGUUUAAGGGGACAAUUCCAUUGACGCAAUGCAUUUUAUACUGUACAAACUGUACUGUAUAUUCUAUUCCCCUAACCUACACCAGUCCUUAUCCACAAUGUCACAAAAACUUGUUGGCAGUCUUUAAUUUAUGAAAAAGUACCAAUUAGUUUGUUUUUAAGACGUUCAGUUUACAGGGACACUUUCGUGUUUAUAGCAUAAUAAACAUGUCAUUAUAUACUAUUCAUGUCCCCGUAAACCACAUAUACCAACCCACACACAUACACACACAGUACACACAACAGUCCUAUAGGAGUUUAAGGAAAGUUUUUCUUUUCCAUAAUGAGAGACUAAAGAAAUCCAGAGAGAGGCACAGCUGGGAGACUGAAAAUAAAGCCUAACAAACUCCCACAAUAACAACACAACACUGCAGCUCAAUUCACCUCACAAUAAUACAGCAAACAUUAAAACCUUUAAAAAGAUGA